AUGACCAUUUCACUGAAUCCGAGCCCUUCUUGUUCGGCAGGAGGUAUUUUCGUGAAAUCUUCCUCCAUUACGUCUGACUCCAUCGAGUUCACUAUCCCAAUACUCUCACCACCAUCACCUAAACUCUCUCCAAUGGGCAUUCUACAGUCUAUCCAAGCUCUUCUACCAACGAUCACGAACAUGGGGACCCCGGAUCUCGACGCACUCCCCCCCUCGGCGAUCACCCCCUUCAGAUAUUGCGGCUUCAAGUACCUGCGUAUCACUCAGUUCUUCCUUCGUCCGGACGUGGACUGCGCAGACUGGGACGAAGCGGUCCUUUUGAUUCAAGCCUACUGGAAGCGCGAACGGGCCGAGAACCCCGAACACUACGUAGACACCUCCAUGGGGGCUGUCGUGGGGCUGGGGAUCUACUGGCGCAUGUAUGAAGAGCCCUUCCCGCAUGAACAGCGUCCCUCCCCCUUUGAGCACAGGGGCAAGUCGGAGUUUCAUGCCUUCAUGUCGGAAUUCCCGGGGGCAGUCACUGCGUUCUGCAAUCAAGUCGAGGGCCGCAAGUGGGCGAGUUCCGCCUGA